CCAACCUCACAUAUUAACCAAGCAGAGGAGUUAUAAUAAUAAGUUAUUACAUGUUUGUCAGUUGGUGGCGCGAGCUGUAUUAUUGGAACGUUGAGGCGACGGAGUGGCAGUGUGGAGGAGCUGGCGUGGAGGAGCAUAAGUCACCAUGGAGAAGGAAGUCGUAAGCCGUUUAGUGUACUCGAUGAUACAGUUCCUCCAGUCACAGCUGGAAGGAGGGACAGGCGGGAGCAACCUUUCAGAGGAGGGCAUAGAGAGUGUUGAGGUUGCUGUUCAGUGCCUUGAGACUGCUUAUGGUGUAUCACUGUCACAGAAUGACUUGGCAGUAUCCAAGAGUCUUUACCAAAUAUUUAAUGAAGCCACCAAAGGAGAGCCUGUCCGCGAAAAUGCAACACGCAUUACUUCUGUGAAAAUGGAAAGUGCGCCUAAGGAAGCCACCCCUGAGGAAAAGGAAGAAGCUGAACAACUGAAGAAUGAAGGCAAUAAACUUAUGAGGGAUGAAAAGUUUACUGAAGCUCUAGAUUGUUAUACCAAAGCUAUUAGUAAGGACUGUUUAAAUGCUGUUUACUAUUGUAAUAGAGCAGCAGCUCACAGUAAACUGAACAACCAGCGAGAAGCAAUCGAGGACUGCAAGCGAGCUCUUGAGAUUGAGCCUCAAUACAGUAAAGCUUAUGGAAGAAUGGGAUUAGCAUAUUCAAGUUUAAAUGAUCAUCACCAAGCAAAGGAAUGUUACAAGAAGGCAUUGGAACUUGAACCAGACAAUGAUAGUUAUCGAGGGAAUCUUUCCAUUGCUGAAGAGAAGAUAUUGAGAGAACCUCAACCACGGGCCAACUCUUUAGGUGGAUUUGGACCUGGAGGUUUGCCAUUUGGUCUGGGUAACCUUGCAGGGUUGGGAGGUCCUGGUGGCCCUGACCUCGCAAGCAUGCUGAAUAAUCCUGCACUUAUGAAUAUGGCUACACAGCUCAUGUCAGACCCUAAUAUGCAAAAUAUGCAUUCUCAUUUCAGGAUGAGUAGCUUCAUGGGCAAUGUCGGUGGCUUGGGAGGUCCUGCCACUGUCCCCACUGGAGCACCCAGUGCUCCUGCUGAAGCUGCUUCAAAUGGUGGCAUGGAAGCUUUACUUACUGCUGGGCGACAGUUGGCAGAGCAGAUGCAGUCCCAACACCCAGAGCUGGUUGAACAAAUUCGUCAACAGAUGAACCGUGGUGCUGGUGGCAGCACGGGAGAUUCACAAAACAGUAACGAUCAAGAUCCGCCCCCUCAGAGUUAACCAUGCUGUACAGCUCAAGAGUAUAUAGGACCUCAUAGCUACUUGCAUUUAGGAGAAAGUGCUUGAUUUGGUUUCACAUAUUUAUUUUCCCAUGUUGAGGGAUUUGACUGUGCUGUAUUCUAAAGUUCACAAAUAAUGUGCAGGUUACGUGUCGAUGAUUAUAUCGAAUGAUAUGUGAAAUUCAUUAUGUGUUUGUUUUCAUCUUUAAAAUAUUGUGAUGUUUCUAGCAAGUUGUUCAAACAUAAUUUGUACAUAAAAUUUCUCGCACUGAAUUACUCACUAAAAUAAGAUUACAUUAUUUUGUUAAAUUUCUUGAAGUGUUUUCAUUUUGUCAAUAUCUUUCUUUAAAAUAAUUAAUAAAUUUUAAAGAUAUAUCUUAUCUCAUUUUUUAUAUACCUCCAAAUAUAUUGGCAAUCAUUCAAAAUCUAAUUAUUAAGAGAUAAGAUUAAUAAUAUAAUCGCCUAUUAAUGUUUAUAAUCCAGUUCAAAGUAAUAUACAGCAGAAUGUCUUAUUUUGAAAUUCUUUAUUAUAUAAGAGUGAAAUAUUUAAUUUAGGCCCUUUGCAAAGUGCUUGGAUUGUUCAUAGUUUAGUGCUUCUGGCUUGCAUAGAAGUGACUACCAAAUCCCAAGAGUACAGUAUUUAGCAAAGGAUUUGGAAGUAGUAAAUAUAUUUUUCUGUUCUUGAAACCAUGUAUUUUGCAUGGAGAUUGUCAAGAUUUUCACAUUUUAUCUUUUUUUGGCAUUUUGUAAAUUGUUGAAUUAAUCUGAUUACUGAUAUAUUCAGGAGGAAUAUAUCUAUAGACUUAUAUUUAAUAAUUGCUUGUGUUGCUAGUAUGUGCGUGUGAUCAAAAGAAAUGUAGUUGAAAUGGUGUUUAUUUACCGGUGCAUUUCUUGCAUUGCUUGUUACAACUUGAAUACAGCACCAUUACUUAUCAUAAGUACUCUCUAAAUUCUUUCUUGCAGUGGUAAAUUUAAUAAUAAAUAUUGUACACUGCUUGCAAAUUACAAAAGUAAUUAAUAUUUAGAUUGCUUGCUAGGUAAUUUUUCACAAUUUUUCCUUGAGUACAGGACAGUAUGCGAUGGAACCCUCAAACAAAUCUCAUAUUUGUGAAAGAUAUCAAUUUCAAAUACAGGUACUAGAAUAUUCACUUAAAAGUGCUUGCCAGUUAUGUGUAAGUCAUUUACUGUCAUAAACUGUAGUGGUUAUCUAAAAAUAAAUGUUUACACAACCUUUUUCAAAUGGUUAGCUGAAAAAUUAUAAAAAAAGACAAAUGUGUUCUAGCAAGAUAGCUUAAGUAAUGUAACUGUGGGACCUCUGUACUGUAAGUAAACAUUGUGCACAUGUAUGAAAGGAUUUGUUACAUAUGAUUUAAGAAAACUUGUUAAAUACACUGUAUAUGCAAAGUA